AUGGUGACCGCUGGUGGCGGCGACGUGGAAGCGGGGUUCGCCAAGCUGCAGGGGGAGGAUUUCGAGUACUAUAUGCAGACCUACUCCAUCCUCCUCGGCCGCAACAGCAAAAAAUCUACGGUGGAUGUCGACCUCGCCAGCCUCGGCGGCGGAAUGAACAUCUCCCGCGUCCACGCUCGUAUCUUCUACGAUUUCCCCCGCCGCCGCUUUGCCUUGGAGGUCCUGGGGAAGAACGGCUGCCUCGUCGAGGGCGUCCUCCAUCUUCCUGGCAAUCCCCCAGUGAAGCUUGACUCCCAAGACCUGCUUCAAAUUGGCGACAAGAAGUUUUACUUCCUCCUCCCAGUCCGCUCCAUCCUUGGGGGGGCCGCCGUGUCUCGUCAUGCCCCCGCCCACCCGUCACCCAUUGCUGCCGUUCCUCGACAGAUGUUUCUUCCGGCCGCGGCACCCCCCGCUUCGGCGUCCGGGGGGCUAUAUGUAAAGAAGGGGCGUGCAAGGAUGCCAUUGGCGGAUUAUAACAACGCUGGGUAUGGCGAUGAGGAUGGCGAUGGUGAGGAUCCCGAUGGCGGCGAGGACGAGGACGACGACGACGACGACGACGACGACGGGGAGGGGGGAAUGAUGGCAGCUGGUGUUGCAAAGAAGCUUCGACGAGCCUCUGGAGAUGGGCAGGUAGAUGGAUUUGCCACCUAUAGCAUGGGUAGCGGCCUAACGAGCAAGGCUGGACCGUCGGGGCAAUUUGGUAAGAUAAAUUCUUCGACCAUUUCUUAUUUAUUAACGUCCGGUCACUCCUUUUUGGGUUUAUAGACUAAUUCUGGCAUACCAUGGUGCCUUUCAAGGAUCUUUCUGCGCUGUAUGUAGGUAAUCUUGUGUUCGCUAGGUCUGUGGGAUCUUAAGUAGUAUAGACAUGUACACCAUGAAACCUUUUCUACUGCCGUUGGUUCUGUCAUAUAGAAAGUACAUUGCCCUGUUAAAUGUUCGAAUAUUUUAGCUAUCUACAUUGUCUUCAUCUAGUCUGUAAGCUUGUAAUUUCCUUACUAGCGGUUUUUUUAAGGGCCGGGGUGGGGGGGUAUAAUAGGAUUUGCAUGUUUUCACGAAUGGAGACAAGGCAGAUAUUGACGAUGGGAAAUCAUUUUACAUCGAGGAAAGAAAUUAUCAUCUUUAGGGUGCGUUUUAGCAUUACAUAACGUUGGAAAUUAACUUGGAACUCUGAGAAUGCAUCUAGAUUAAUCCAUAAGUUGGAGCGUUUUUCUAUGACAUUCCCGGAAGGAAUAGGUGGACAGAAGAAUGAGCCAUUUUCAGUUUCUCGGCAGAAAUGGAGUUUAUACACGUCCGUUUACUCGUGGCAAUACUUUGCCCAUCAUCACUUAUUCAAUUUUAAAGAUAUCCAUAUAAUGCAGUUCUUUAAAGCCCAGUGCUGUCUCUAGUAGGAGCAUGUAACCAGAGAUACUUUUAAAGCCUGUUUGGUCAAAAUAGGAAAAAUAGAACAAACUUGCGAAGAAAUCUUUAACUUCAUACAAAAAAUCUUGGUUGAAAUGAUGAGACUGGACUGUGUUUUUUCAACUGCUCUCAUAGAUUGACAAGGGAAUUAUAUAUUUUUUAAUCUGAGGUUCACCACAUGGCUCUUGAAGAAAACUCCUAUCCAUUUUGUUGCUGUGGCGUAAGGAUACAGGAUAAAUAAGAAAAUAUUCUUCGCCUUAAAAAAUAAAAUAAUCAUGUUUAUCAUUAUCAGAAACCUUAUAUCGAUUUGUGUCUGGCUGACCCAAUGAAGGAUUCAUUAAGUGUUUUGAUAGGUUUUGUUGGCUAGUGACAACCUCCAAAAAUAUGCUUCCAAGUCCUUGGGUAACUUUCAAUUAAAGAAAUUUAGGAUGUGGAGAGACUGCAAGAAUCUACAGAAGAUAGGUUUCUCUUUGGAAACUAUCGUCCUGGUUAAGUAGCUUCAACCUUUCAGGUUCAGGAAAUCUGACACCUCUCUCCUCUCCUUACAGCAACCACGGUGUUAAAGUAGUGGCCUCAUUUUCUGAUUCUCGUCAUGAGUCGUACAUUUUCUGUAUCGUGAUUGAUAUGGGCCAAACUCUUGAUAUUAGGGAACAUACUCCUCAUGGUCCGUGAAGACUUGAGACAAAAAGAAGAAUGGAGUAGCUUGUUACAGUCUGGGAGGCAUAUUAACGUUCUUCAGACCUUUGAUGUACAUGUAGCAUAAGAUAAGGUUGAAUAAUGAGAGGCCUUGGGGAUGUGGAAUUGGAUUGUGGCAGAGACGAGCAUAUGAACUUUUACUGUAUGGUGUUAUCCGGAACCAAGCUAUCUCCAAUAGUUGUCAAACCUGAGUGAAUGCCAAUAUCAUGGGUCGAUCCAAAAAAAAUUUGAUCUCCCAUUCCUCUUCUUAGCCUAAGGCCGAUCCUAGCAACAAUAAUGGUCGGAACAAUAUUCUUUCAAACUGGGGAUAUAUCUAGGAGGUCGUGAUGAGUGUAACCAUCUCCUACAAACUGAUGGGACAGAGAACACUAAUUCUACUGACCUUCAGCAAUUGCGGUUUUCAAAUCCAUCUCUCGGUUCCAAAAAUGGUUACUGAUCCUUUUCUUCCACUCCAUCAAACCUGAUAAUAUCUAGCCUCCGACCUCUCUCAUUAGCUGUGCAGAAAGUUUUUGACAAGAUUCUCUUGAACAUAUAGAACAUCAAUUUCAAUUCCAUAUCAAAUUUGCACCAAUUUUCCUCUUUUGAUCACUGCACAAGUCUUUCACCUUGCCAUGUUACAAUUCGCUUCUCUUCAGAAACUCUAUACCCGUCCUCUCCAAGUCAUCCUAUCUCUAGUUCAACUUUAACCCAUCCAUCACAUUUCAAUCAUGCCUUUCUUCUCGCGCUAAUUAAAUUAAAAUGAAAUAAAAUAAGUUUACCUUCCUUUUUAGCCAUAUUGUCUUGCUUUCCUUGGCAACCUCAUGUAACUCUGCCUUCUGAACUAUGGGAGGAGGUCACUUACUAUUAGCCCCUCGAGCUGUGGUAAAAAAUAUUGUCUUGCUUCUCACUUAUUUCUUUCUGCAAAUUUUUCAGCAUCUCAUGAACUCUUGCAACUCUAAAUCAGCCCCUAGAAUAAUGGGCUUGGUCAGCCUGGUUCACUAACUGUCCCCAUCCUCCUUCCUCUCCUAUAUACAUGAGAGGUGUCUUUGAUAAAAAAGAUGAAUUCCCACCGUUCCUCUAUCUCAUUUUCAUUUGAACACGUGUUCUAUUCUAUUUUCGAUUGACAGUAUGUAGGUGCUUCCAGAUUAUCGAAUUCAACUUCAAGGAAAAGUUUGAAGCCAUUUAGAUACGUUCCAUUUAUACCCGAGAUUCAUUCAAGGACCUAAGACAAACCACCAUUCUUUUCAGAGUUUCCUGUGUUAAGAGCCUCAGCAUAAUGUAGAGUGCUGAUAGCUCGAUCUCUAGAUUAAAGCUUGUGAUCAAAGUCGAUCUGAAUAUUUCAGUAACUGAUGGAAGGUUUAAAACAGUCUACUAAUUGAUUUAAUAAACCUUAAUUGUUGAGGUGAUGAUGACGAUAUCAGGUGAACAAAUACUCAGGAGUUCAUCCGUUCAAUCCUUGUCUACAUCUCUGUUUCCCAACCCUCCAGUAAAUUACAGAGAGGAGUUAUGAAAUAUCAGAUCUUUGGUGACUCCAUAAUACCUGAUUGAGUUGCGAAAACUUCUGGAUCAAGCAUCCUUCUUCUGAAAUGAAUUCGUUCUAUUUAAAGCAUGUUUCUCUGGAACUAUUGGAUCUCCCCUUUGACACGAGCUCAGAUGUACUCAAUCAUCCUCUGCUCAAAACGGAAUUAGCGGAGACGAGCAUGCUAUAUACCCAUCAAUCAUAAGUCCUUGAAGGAGGGUUUCAGGAACUUGUGAGUGGGAUCACGUUCAUUUCUACUCACGCAACUUUUGGUCUAUAUAAUCUGCCAGUGAGGCUGCUGGCUGGAAUAUCAUAACAAUUGAAUGCGCUGUUAUUGUUUACUAUUGGAUUCUUUUAGCUUAAAGUACAUCCAUUCCAGCUGCUACUGUUCAUGUGUACCUUUAAAACAGACCGUGUUCAGUUCCGAGAUUCUUCAUCCUCCUCGUUGAAUGGUAUGAUAUCCAUAAAGAUGAAUGUUUUCUGGUAGCAUCUUGACGGUUGUCCCUCCUAAGUUCUCAUGUUGAAUAAUAGAUUGUAUAGUGUCGAUGUCGCAAGUUGACACAGUGAUAUUGUCACAUGUUUCAUGCGUGAUUUGCAUGGGUAUUUUUAGUGCAUGUGCUUGUUAAUUGGCUGAGAAAUCUCUUCCAAUGCCGUCCCAGGUCAGGACUGUUUAAGGAUCUGAUUAAAGACACAUAGUUUCCGGUCGAUAUAAUAUUUCUGGUCUGUCAAAUCGUAAGAUACGUUUAAAUAAAUUUAUCCUUUGUACUACUGAUGGUAUCUUGUCUCAGACUUUGUGUGAGAAGAUCCCGGCGCUAAUGUUCUUGCUGUUAGUCAAUAGUGAAUAUUACGGUUCUCUUGUACCCGACAGCCUGCCUUCCUCGUUUGCAGAGAAAAAAUCGGAGGUGAGGUCAAGAGUUGACAGGGAAGCAGACAACCAUCAGCUUCUGCAGUUGGAGGAGAAAAAUGUCGUCUCUUCUGUUGCUACCGUCCUUUCUGAUCUUUGCGGCCCCGGAGAAUGGAUGCCCAUGGAAAAGCUUCAUUCAGAGGUCUGCUGGCAGUAUCUUCUUUUAUGCGAUUUCUGGUUCAAAAUAGCUUUUUUUUUAAAAAUCGGUACGUCUGUUCUGGAUGAUCUAAAGUGCCCAUCUUGUUCUUGGGGCAGCUAUUGAAGCAGUAUGGCAACAUAUGGCAUCACACACGGGUGCGGCGGUACCUCACGUCGGAGGACUGGCCGGGCGGCGAGGCCAAAGGUCGGCCCUGGUUCGGGCUCCUCACCCUGCUGAGGAAGUACCCGGAGCACUUCGUCAUCAACAUCAGGUCCAGGGGGAAGAUCACCUCCGAGUUUGUCUCCUUGGUCUCCCUCAUCCAGUGA